CGGGCGGGGGCUUCCUGCCGCCGCCUGGGCCAGAGCCGCCCGCGCCGCCGGCACCAUGCGGCGGCUGCCGCGGCUCCUGGCCGCCGCAGUGAUCGCGGAGUGCUGUGUGUGGCUCUGCCCCGCUCUUGGCAGCGGGACCGGCUCCACGCUGGGCACUGCCACCCCCUGCGCCCACCGAGGGAACGGGACAGGCGAGCGCUGCCGGACAGAUCCGCAGCAAGGAGCUGGCGUGGGGCAGUCGCCGACACCGAAAGCCACGACGUGGCUGCAGACGGAGGCUGAGCUGCUCCCCUUCCCUGGUACCCCCCCUGGGACUGCUGAGCCCCCCAGCACAGAGUGGGGGGCCCGGACCGGCAGUGAGGGGACAGGGCCCGCAGGGGGGCACAGAGCAGGCACCGAGGCAGGGCCCCCUCUCGCCACCGGCGCUGCUGAGGCAGCCACAGGCAGCCAGGGGCCGUCUCCUGCCAGCCUGGGGAGGGGCCUUGGUGGGGGCCCCGCUGCAGCCCCCACGGAACUGGACACAGCUCCAACAACCAGCUCUUCCCUCCGGACUGAGCCUGUAGGAAAUGAGAUGGCGGAAGGUGCCACAACCCUGCAGGGGAUCCUCUUGCGUUCACCGUCCUCUGUGACGGUGCCCAGCCCCACUGGGGAGCAGUGGGGGACCCCCAGUGCCCUGCCGGGACAGAGCCCCAUGGGGACAGCGCCUGCACAGAGCCGGGGGGGCUCACACAGCUCCUUGCACCCAGAGCCGGGGGCCAGGGAGCGCCUGGGUGCCACUGCCCCGCUGGGUGACGGCAGCCCAGGGAUGCACCAGAGCAGCGCACCGGCCACGGGCAGCCCUGGGCGAGGGACAACUGGGACAUCGCCCUUUGUGGGGGGGCUGCAGAGGUUGCUGAGCUCCCUGGGGACACGGGGAGAGGCAGCAGGAGGCCGGGGCUCUGAGUCCCACCCGUGGCACGGGACGGACGCUGCCUGGCAGGGUCCCCGUGCUGCCUCUCGCCCCUCUCCGCCGUCCCUGGGGGCUGGUGGCCAUGGGGGGCUGAUGUGGCAGCUCGGGGACCCCACGGCCAGCACAGCCCAGCCAGCUGCAGGGACAGGGACAGGUUUGCCUGUCCCCACUGCCAUGGCCAGCACCCCAGGGGUGACGUCCCCCAGCCAGGAGGGAGCCCUGGACCUGACCGUGGGGAUGUCGGGGCCACCCGACACAGAGCGUCCCCCUGAGCCCCGCCGCAUCCCCCUGGACCAGACACGGCCCUCGGUGGCCCUGGGCAGCACCGCAGUGGUUCCCAGCGGGGUGCCCCGAGGCAGCCCCAUGUCCCCCCAGCCCCCCCCAGCCACCAGCUCAGCAGCGCCCACCUCGCAGCUGUCCCCGGGGCUCGGCCCCACUACAGGGACCCCCCCAGCAGGGUCCCCAGGGCCUGGACUGCCCCACACUGGCUCCGGGGGGCAUCGUGCUGAGAGUCCCCUGAUUCUGGGGAUGACCCCAGAGGUGGUUGAUGGUGAGCUCUGGGCAGCUACUGCCCAACAGAGCUGGCAGCCGGGCAGCCUGGCCCCCCCCACGGCCCCUGCCCUGCACCUGCAGCCAGCUCCAUCCCAGCCUGCCUCUUCCCUGGGGGCAACCACCACUACCAGUGCCGCUGCCACCGCCAGCCCAGCACUGCUUGGGGACGUGGGGAUGGUCACGCCAGAGCCCAGUGCCUCUGUGUGGCAGGGGGAUGCGGAGGGGCUGACGUGGGGACCCAGCAUAGUACCAGGGUCCCCCCAGCAGCCCACAGAUUCCUCCAGGACCCGGGGCCACCAUGGGAGCUCCGGGUCCCCUCCAUCUCCUGGGGACACAGACCUGGUCCAGCCAUCGAGCAGCCCCGGAGAGCGGCCGGAUGCUGACGCCCCCCGAGCGACAGCAGAGCCAGCCCCGGCAGGCAGGGCCCCCCGGGUGUUCAUCGUGGAGGAUCAGCCACCCCUCCUGCGAGCAUCCCUUCUCCGCGUCCCCUGCGAGCUGGUGCUGGACAUGGGGUUCGUCCCUGCCCUGCAGGACCCCGCGUCCCGUGAGCGCCGUGGUCUGCUGCACAGCUUCAACCGGACGGUUGCGCCCCUGUUCAUGUCGGUGCCUGGCUUCCUGCGGCUGGAGGUGACGGGGAUCAGGGAGGGCAGCGUGGUGCUGGAGUACGACGCGUUGUUUGCAGCGGAGCGGGUGCGGGCGCUGGGGCUGGGAGCGCUCCUCGAUGCCGCGCUGGGCUCUGGCGGCGCCCGGCCGGGGCUGGCGGUGGGCGCUGCCCCCGUCCUGCGCAACGUGGCCCUGGAGCGGCCGCUGGACCCCUGUGCUGAGCUCUUCUCCUGCCGGGCCGGCUUCGCCUGCGUGGCCGGGGCAGACGGGAACGCCACCUGCACGUCCCUCUGCCACCGCGACUACUGCAAGAACCACGGCAUCUGCACCCACCCCCGGGACCGGGGGCCCCUCUGCCAGUGUCCCGUCGGCAGUGAUUUCUGGUUCAUGGGGCUGCGCUGCGACUACCGGGUGACGCAGCAGAGCCUGCUGGGCAUGGCCGUCGGGGUCCUGUUCAGCGUCGUCCUGCUGGGCGCCGUCGUCGCCGGGAUCGUCAUCCGCCGGUUCAAGGCGCUGCUGCUGGAGGCCAGGGCUGACCAGACCCGGAGCAGCUACCGGCGCUUCUGCCGGCUGGACGAUGUCUCGGCCCAGUACUGGUCGCGCUCCUGGCUGGCGUCGGCCAGCUCCCUGGACAACCCUGCCUUCACCAACUCGGAGGAGCUGCUGCACCUGCAGGUCUUGGACAACGGCUGCUGCGGCUGCCGCGAGGCCCCGGCCGGUGCCAGCAGCCACAAGCAGCGCCCCGCGCCGCCCACCCGCCCCGCGCACAGGCCCAGUUUCCAUUACGACUGGGACACAAGUUCCAGCAGCGUGAAUGAUCCCAUGGUUGACUCAGGAAAAGCCAGCGACAUCUCCGUGUCAAGUUGGCCCAUGGAACCCAUCCCCUGGACACCCUUCCCCAUCCUCCAUCACCUCUCCAGGCAGCGACCGCACAAAGCCAGGCAGCCUCACUCUUACUGCGAGGGGAUGGAGCUGGUCAAUCUCGAGAGGAGCUGGACAGCCUGACGGCUACAGACUAAAACACAGGCAACAAGUUUCAGCUUUAAAAACCAACCACAUUUUAUUUCCACGUAACAAGCUCAGUGAAAGAAUUGCAAACACUUUGACAAUACAAUCAACGCAGGUGUGAUGUCAGUUCCACUUGAUGCAGAGUCCUGAAGGAUUAUCUGCCAACUUUUUCACCACGGUUUCAGACCAGACUUCAGAAGCCAGCUUUGGCUUGGGACAGCGUCUUUCAUAGUAAGUAGCUACAGAUAAGUGUCUAAUAACACACAAUGCUGGCAUCCAACAGAGUUAAUGACUUACAUCCGGCAAUUUGAAAAUAAAGUCUAACAGAGUUUUGAAGUCACAUCAUACUAUGUACAUAUAUGGUCUGCCCUAUAGCCAUUUCAGAACAAGCUAAGCCACUGUGAAAAGUGAAAUACAAAUUAAGCACUGCUGCAUUGUUCAUCAUGAUUAAUGUAAAUGAGGUAUAAAUUUAAACACCAGUACAUUUUAAGCAUUAAAGUUUAUUUUCAA